AUGGCAAGCUUCUUUGGCCAUCCACUUGGCAUGGUCAGCUAUGUUACCCGAUUCCUGCUGAUAUUCAGCGCGAUUAUUGUUCUCGGAAUAACAGCAUGGGCUGUGAGAGGGACAAAAACUCUCACUGUUAUCUAUUCGUUGACAAUAUCUACUGUGACAAUCGUGGCAGUCAUUCUGUCUUUAUUAAUAGGAUGCUUGUUAAGGCGAAAAACAACGCACAUCUUCGUGAUUCUCACCACCGACGCAAUUCUCUCCUAUCUGUGGCUUACGUCUUUCAUUUUCUUGGCGCAAGAUUUCAAUCGACACAGCUGCCGGACGGAUCGCUGGAAUGGGGAGAUCGUCUGUAGUCGCCAAUAUGCAGCCGAAGCUUUCAGUUUCAUCGCCUUCUUUGCAACACUUGUCAAUCUAUCUCUCGAGAUAGCGUACGUUCACCGACCCAUAGCUACUCGUGUCGACAGUCACGAAAACCUCCACAGGGAACAACAAAUUAGUGAAAAUUUGAAUGCAGCUGGUUUGGCAUGA